AUGUCGCGAGGUCGCCUCAUGGGCCAUCUGAGCGUUCUGCCUGAUCUCUAUUCCAGAAGUCUCUCAACCUCGGCGCUUGCAAAGGUCACAACAGCUGCGUCCGUUGCCGCGUUCGGCCUUGUGGGCAGAGAGACGAAGUCCGUUCGUCAGACCGCAUACGCUAGUUACAGCGAAGCUGUCAUAGCUUUAGCGCACGCCAUGAAUGCUGCUGAAGAGCGCGUAAGAAAUGAAACGCUUCUUGCUUGUGUGCUGAUGGUCGUGGUGGAAAGCAUGAUGGCGCGAGACCGCAGCCCAAAUCAGCAAUGGGCCGCUCAUGUGAGUGGGGCAGGGCAAUUGUUGCGUCAACGAGGUAGGACUGCCAUCAGUCAUGACCCGAUCGCCAGGAGACUGUGGGCAGUGGUACGCGGCUUUCUUUCGAAAAAUUCCGUACGUCACCUCGCCGCCGACGAGACCUUUGCGAUUGACUUGCCGACCAACGGCUUCGAAGACGCCGGACCUCCGCCUCCGGAAGCUCUGCUGGGAGGGCUUACGGUAGCCGUCACGAGUACCAGAGACCGUGGUCUCGCGAUCUUGGAAAGCGGCACAUUUGACAUGCUACCAGCGCUGAUAGGCGAGUGUAGAUACUUUGAUGGAGCGCUCUGCUCAUGGGUGCUGGAGCUGCCAGAAGCAUACCAAUAUGUGUCUAUUCCUUCGGACGAAUCGUCGGUCCCUCCCACAUACGAGCAUCUCUAUUCCGAUUCACACUUGCAGCGACUUUGGAAUUCGUACCGUGUGGCACGUAUCACGGUCAACGCUCUCAUCUAUCGCGCAGCAACGUCACCGACAACGAUUCUGCCUAACGCAUCCGAGCUGGCCGCAACAAGCUUUCAGAACAUGCAGACUUUGGCAACAGAGAUCAUGGACUCCAUACCGAGCAACAUCCUCACACCUGCCUCCCCACGAUCGCAGAUCCAAUUGCCUUCCGCCGAUGUUGCAAGCGAGAUCGCACUCGCUUUCUACUGCCUUUGGCCACUGUACAUAGCUCGAGGCGUUGUUACACUGCCCCCAGCAGCUAAGGCGCGAGGCUUGGUGAUGAUGGCGCAGAUUGUCGACAAGUAUGCAGUUCAGAACGGCCAAGCUCUUGUCGAUGUUGCUACCGUUGACGAUGACAGGCCACUUUGGUGUAGUCCGUGGCAAGAGGAGUGGGUUGAGCGGCUAUGGGAGUGGGCUUUUCUGUAUGGCUGCGGUGCUGUGUGA